UCAGAGAUCACCGAUUUACCGUUCAUUCGUUUUUCGUGUAGCGAGUUUGACGAGAGUUCAUAAAUGAACCGUAUGUGCUGUUUUCGAUGUUUUGCGUUGUUGUAGGUCCUAGUCGUUGUGAUCGCCGGCUCAAGCUUGUGAUAAUGAUUCUCUAUUUGAUGAGAAUAUAUUACAUUGAUUAUUCGGACACAUAACGUUAUAUUGUAUUAUAUAACAUUUCUGUCUAACGUCAUUAGGAUUAGCUCCCUAUCAAAUUAAACCUGCGCGCUUCCACGCAGGCACCCACUCAGUGAAGGUGUCGAACUAGUACUAGUAGUAGUACUAGUACAGCUGCUACAACUUACAAGACCGUGAGGCUUGUGCCUAUGGUAACUCGGCCAAUAAUACUCACGCGAAGACGCUGGAGUGGCACUGCUGCGAGCAAACUCAUCACAACGUUCCCACAACCCGAGGGAAUUAGUGAAAGUUGCGGUCGUUUUGUGCAUAGUACAGUCUGCUAAAUACUGGUACUUCCAAUCGGGCUUAUGACCGUUAAGGCCCCAAAUCUUACAGAUUUGCGAGAAAGAAUGGAUGCGGUGAUUUCUAAUCCUUUAGUGAAGUCAUUUGCAGCAGGAUCAUUUAGUGGAACAUGUUCAACUGUCAUAUUCCAGCCUCUGGAUCUAGUAAAAACUCGAAUACAAUCUCCUGGGUCAGGAAAAACUAGUGGUGCACAAGGUCUGCUCUCUGUGAUCGCUCAAGUAGUCCGUAAGGAACGCUUCAUAGGUCUGUGGAAGGGAAUGACACCUUCGAUAACGCGCACAAUACCUGGUGUGGGCAUUUAUUUCUGUUCACUGCACUGGCUCAAGACAAAUAUUGGGCCUGUAGACACACACUCCCCUCUCCAGACAAUCGGUAUUGGAGCAGGAGCAAGGUGUGUUUCUGGAAUUGCUAUGCUCCCCUUUACAGUCAUAAAAACACGUUUUGAGAGCAACUACUUCCAGUAUAGAGGGAUAAUCCAUGCUCUUAGGGAUAUAUAUGCUAAGGAGGGUAUAGCAGGUCUAUACAGUGGGUUUUCAGCGACCCUGCUGCGUGAUGCCCCGUUUUCAGGUCUCUACCUCGUAUUUUACACACAAGGAAAGAAGUUGGUACCACAUGAGGCGAUGGACAGCAACUACGUUCCCCUGAUUCACUUCGGAUGCGGCGUGUCGGCAGGCGUCCUGGCGUCUGUCGUCACGCAGCCCGCCGACGUCAUCAAGACGAACAUGCAGCUGUUCCCGCGACGGUUCGAUACCGUGUUCAACGCGAUCGGCUUCGUGUACAAGACCUAUGGACUCGAUGGUUUCCUUAGAGGGUUGCUACCUAGAACGCUGCGGCGCACACUAAUGGCAGCUAUGGCAUGGACAUUCUAUGAAUCCGCUAUGAAGAGGAUGGGACUGUCAUAAACAUCGUUUUGAGGUGUAGUUGUGUGAUCUGUUGCUGGACAAUUGGCUGUGAUGGUAUGUCGAGCAAUGAAGGUGCUGCCAGAGAUAGUUGACAUUGUACUUGUCCCUCUACGUGGUCCUCAGAGGAAAAAUGAGGCAUAGUGGAGAGACAGCUGCCAGAAAAGAUGCACAGUGUGCCUUGAAGUGCAUGAGGUGUUGUGUCACAACACCUCAUUGCUCACACUCACAGUUGAAACUCAGAACAGCUGAACGUAGGACGACGGUUUAAUGUAAUUAGCGUGAUGCCACUUAACGUAGCCAGUAUGUGGGUGGACUUGAUAAUGAUGCUACUGCUGCCAUUGGCAUGAUGUAGAAGUUGGUGCAGGUUCAUGACAUGGAUGUAGCGUUGCCUCAUUUAGUCAAAAAUGUUAUAUGAGGACGAGUGUACAGCUGAGAUAAUUUGUAAAAUAAUAUGAUUUUGGUCAGAUUGUUGUGCAUUUUGAAUAUGCAUAUAGUGUUGCCCUAUGUUACAAUUAUGUAAAAUGAUGUAUUGUUGGCACGAGAGGAUGUAAAUUUAUAUACCAAAUUAGUGCUGAUCAACUGUCAAAUCAUCUACUGCGAUGUGCACAAAAUUCUGUGACACUUUCGAAUGUCACUUUGUAAUGUGAGAACUUUGAAGGUGCAUGUUGAACACUGUAAAAAUGUAGAGGUGGUUGAGUUGGUGUUCUUGUAUGCUAUAUUAUAAUAUAAUAUUAAAAUAAUUAUUUUAUUACAGUCUUUUGAAAUUUAAGUCUCACUAACUUACCAAGACAAUUUUAAUAUUGUAGCAUUACCAAUAUUUCUUGCUUGUGUGAAUUUCGAAUAUAUAAACAUUGCUUUAAUUUGCAAUUAUUUUAUCAUUGAUUGAAGCAUGUACUUGUAUUCUAAUUAAAAUGAAUAAAUAAUCCCCAGUUGUUGUGAAGGAAACAA